GGCUGCUUGCCAAGAGGGUUAUUUCCUGCUGCUCUUGGAGCGAGCCUCCCACUCGAAAAGGGGGUUGCAAGGAUUUCCUCGUCCUCCCCGACAGGCCGCGCCCCCAACCCUGCAGUGCCCUCCGGGCCUGCCGGAGGUGAGGGAGGUGCUGCCUGUCCGCCCCUCCGGCUUCUCCUCCCCCUGGUGCUCCCCACCCACUACUCUCCUCCCUCCCUCGGCCGACUCCUCCCGCCGCUGCCGCUGCUUUGGCUGCUGCGUCAUACGCCCCAGAGCCGCUAGGACGGAGGGGCUGGGCCCGGGGACCCCCUGGCCUCCUCCUGCCCGCCCCUCGGCGUUCACACGCACUCUUCCCGCACUGGGGGCUCACCCAGGUCUCUUGGGUCUGCCCCUACCUGGCUCCCAGCUGUCCCACCUGUCACUGCCCCUCCCAGGAUGCAAUGGCGCAGCUCCCCCGGCUGAGCCGUUUGGGUGCACCUUCUUUUUGGGAUCCAGCUUCCCCUGCUCCCACCUCAGGCCCCAGACCUCGACUUUGGGAGGGUCAAGAUGUGCUGGCUAGAUGGACAGAUGGGCUGCUGUAUUUAGGUACCAUCAAAAAGGUGGACAGUGCUCGGGAGGUGUGUCUAGUCCAGUUUGAGGAUGAUUCCCAGUUUCUGGUUCUAUGGAAGGACAUCAGCCCAGCUGCCCUCCCCGGGGAGGAGCUCCUCUGUUGUGUCUGUCGCUCUGAGACUGUGGUCCCUGGGAACCGGCUGAUCAGCUGUGAAAAGUGUCGCCAUGCUUAUCACCAGGACUGUCACGUUCCCAGGGCCCCAGUCCCUGGGGAAGGAGAGGGCACAUCCUGGGUCUGCCGCCAGUGCAUCUUUGCGAUUGCCACCAAGAGGGGAGGUGCCCUGAAGAAGGGUCCCUAUGCCCGGGCCAUGCUGGGCAUGAAACUCUGUCUGCCAUAUGGACUAAAGGGGCUGGACUGGGACGCUGGGCACCUGAGCAACCGACAGCAGAGCUACUGUUACUGUGGAGGCCCCGGGGAGUGGAACCUGAAAAUGCUGCAGUGCCGGAGCUGCCUGCAGUGGUUCCACGAGGCCUGCACCCAGUGUCUGAGCAAGCCCCUCCUCUACGGAGACAGAUUCUAUGAAUUUGAAUGCUGUGUGUGCCGGGGCGGCCCCGAGAAGGUCAGGAGGUUACAGCUUCGCUGGGUGGACGUGGCCCACCUUGUCCUCUACCAUCUCAGUGUCUGCUGCAAGAAGAAAUACUUCGAUUUCGACCGAGAGAUCCUCCCCUUCGCCUCUGAGAACUGGGACAGCCUGCUCUUGGGAGAGCUUUCAGACACCCCUAAGGGAGAACGCUCUUCCCAGCUCCUUGCUGCCCUUAACAGCCACAAGGACCGUUUCAUUUCAGGGAGGGAGAUUAAAAAGAGGAAAUGUCUUUUUGGUCUCCAUGCGCGGACCCCGCCUCCUGUGGAACCUCUCACUGGAGAUGGAGUUCCCACCAGCUUCCCUUCAGGGCAGGGCCCUGGGGGAGGGGUCUCACGUCCCCUGGGGAAACGACGGAGGUCGGAGCCGGAACCCCUGAGGAGGCAGAAAGGGAAAGUGGAAGAGCUGGGGCCGCCCACAGCAGUGCACAGUCGGCAUGGGUCCCGCGAACAGAGGGAGCGGGCUCGUCUGCAGAGGGCGCUGCAGGCCUCAGUGUCCCCACCACCCCCCAGCCCUAACCAGAGCUAUCAGGGCAGCAGCGGCUACAACUUCCGGCCCACAGAUGCCCGCUGUCUGCCCAGCAGCCCCAUCCGGAUGUUUGCUUCCUUCCACCCUUCUGCUAGCACUGCAGGGACCUCUGGGGACAGUGAACCCCUAGACAGGUCACCCCUGGAAUUUCACAUUGGCUUCCCCACAGACAUCCCUAAAAGUUCUCCCCACUCAGUGGCCGCCUCAUCUUCCUCAGUCCCAGCCCCCAUUCCCGGCCUUUCCAGACACUCGGUGCCCCCUUCUCCCUUGUGCCGUAGUCUGUCUCCAGGGACCGGGGGAGGAGUCCGAGGUGGGGUUGGCUACCUGUCCCGAGGGGAACCUGUCAGGGUCCUUGCUCGGAGGGUGCGGCCUGAUGGCUCUGUGCAGUACCUAGUUGAGUGGGGAGGAGGGGGCAUCUUCUGACAGCCUUCUUCUGCCCACCUCCCCAUUCACACACUGGCACUUUCAUGCCCUGACCUCUGACCUCACCUACAGCUGGGAUGUACCUGGAGAGAUAGGGAGUAGUUCUCCCUACUGCCCAGGCUGAAAUCCAGGGGAGUGGGGAAGUCCUCUUCUCUGCCCCAUCAUGACCCCUGACCCCUCAUCCUUCUCAUUUCCUUUGAUGUUAUUUUGUUACAGCUUUUAAAAUGUUUUUAAAAACUAUUAACCCCUGGGUAUAGAGAUGGGGGUGGUGGUUCAGGAUUCCAGACUCUGUAUGACUGUAAUAAAGAGAAGUAAACAAACCUA